GGAGCGGUACCCGGCGGGAGCGGCGGGAGGAGGAGGAGGAGGAAGAAGGGGCCGGCGGGCGGGCAGGCGUGUCCCAGCGGCCGCUCCGGCUCCAUCGCCGCCAGCCAGCCCGUUCGAUCUGUGGAUGAGAUGAAUCAUGAGUUUCAAGCUCUUGCCCUAGAAUCUCGGGGAAUGGGAGAGCUUUUACCUGCCAAAAAGUUUUGGGAACCUGAUGAUUCAGCAAAAGAUGGACAAAAAGGGAUAUUCCUUGGUGACGAGUGGAGAGAGACUGCAUGGGGAACUCCUCACCAUUCUAUGUCCCAGCCUAUUAUGGUACAGAGAAAGCCUGGACAGGGUUUUCAUGGAAACAGUGAAGUAAAUGCUGUGUUGUCUCCACGAUCAGAAAGUGGUGGCCUUGGAGUGAGCAUGGUAGAAUAUGUGUUAAGUUCCUCUCCAGCUGAUAAAUUGGAUUCCCGGUUUAGGAAAGGAGCUUUUGGCACUAGAGAUGCUGAAACAGAUGGACCUGAGAAAGGAGAUCAGAAAGGCAAGGCUUCUCCAUUUGAGGAGGACAAAAACAGAGAUCUUAAACAAGGAGAUGAUGAGGAUGUUACUAAAAUAAAUGGCAGAGGUUUGCCAAAUGGAAUGGAUGCCGAUUGCAAAGAUUUUAAUCGUACCCCUGGAAGUCGACAAGCCUCCCCAACAGAAGUAGCUGAACGCCUGGGCCCCAAUCCCAGCACCACAGAAGGAUUGGGUCCACUUCCCAAUCCUACAGCCCACAAGCCUCUGGUAGAAGAAUUUUCAAAUCCAGAAAAUCAGAAUCUAGAUGCCAUGGAACAAGUUGGUCUUGAUUCUCUGCAGUUUGACUAUCCUGGCAAUCAGGUACAAAUGGACUCUUCAGGAGCUACUGUAGGACUUUUUGACUACAAUUCUCAGCAGCAGCUUUUCCAGAGGACUAAUGCUCUGACUGUUCAGCAGUUGACAGCAGCCCAGCAGCAGCAAUAUGCACUGGCUGCAGCUCAGCAGCCACACAUAGCAGGCGUCUUCUCUGCAGGCUUGGCCCCGGCUGCUUUUGUGCCAAACCCAUAUAUUAUCAGCGCUGCUCCUCCAGGGACUGACCCAUACACCGCAGCUGGAUUGGCUGCAGCAGCUACCCUAGCAGGUCCUGCUGUGGUUCCACCUCAGUAUUAUGGUGUUCCGUGGGGGGUGUAUCCAGCCAAUUUAUUCCAGCAGCAAGCUGCAGCAGCAAAUACCACAGCAAAUCAGCAAGCGGCUUCCCAGGCACAGCAGGGACAGCAACAGGUCCUGCGAGCUGGAGCAACUCAGCGCCCGCUCACUCCCAACCAGGGGCAGCAAGGGCAGCAAGCAGAGUCACUUGCAGCAGCUGCAGCAGCAAAUCCAGCUUUAGCUUUUGGUCAGGGUCUUGCUACAGGCAUGCCAGGUUACCAAGUGCUGGCUCCCACUGCCUAUUACGAUCAGACUGGUGCCUUAGUAGUAGGCCCUGGAGCGAGAACUGGGCUGGGUGCACCAGUUAGAUUGGUGGCCUCAACUCCUGUUCUAAUCAGUUCUGCAGCAGCACAAGCAGCUGCAGCUGCUUCAGCUGGAGGAACAGCAAACAAUCUCGCGGGAGCCACGAACGGUCUAUUUCGGCCACUUGGUGCCCAGCCACAACAACAGCAACAGCAAACAAAUAGUAGCCUACAAUCCAAUUCAUUUUAUGGCAGUAACUCUUUGACCAAUAACUCCCAGAGCAGUUCCCUUUUUUCACAUGGUCCUGGCCAACCAGGAAGCACAUCUCUUGGCUUUGGAAGUAGCAGCUCUUUAGGAGCAGCUAUCGGCUCUGCACUUGGUGGAUUUGGCUCAUCAGUUGGCAGUUCUGCAAGUAGUAGUGCCACAAGGAGAGAUUCUCUAUCUACUAGCUCUGACUUGUACAAAAGAUCUAGUAGCAGCCUAGCACCCAUAGGGCAGCCAUUUUACAAUAGUCUGGGAUUUUCCUCCUCUCCAAGUCCAAUAGGCAUGCCUCUGCCAAGCCAAACGCCAGGACAUUCACUUACGCCACCGCCAUCACUUUCAUCACAUGGAUCCUCAUCCAGUUUGCAUUUAGGGCAUAAUACUAUACGCUGCAAUAAAUGUGAUGCUUCAUGUGUCUUCCAGAGCGCUAACAUCUCAGAUUCUGGAGGACUGACAAAUGGUAGUGGUCGCUAUAUUUCUGCAGCCCCCGGAGCCGAAGCCAAGUAUCGCAGUGCGGCGAGCACCUCCAGUCUUUUUAGCUCCAGCAGCCAGCUCUUCCCUCCUUCGCGCCUCCGCUACAGCAGGUCUGACAUUAUGCCUUCCGGACGCAGCCGGUUGCUGGAAGAUUUCAGAAACAAUCGUUUCCCUAAUCUUCAACUAAGGGACCUCGUUGGGCAUAUUGUUGAAUUUUCCCAAGACCAGCAUGGUUCUAGAUUUAUACAGCAAAAGCUGGAGCGAGCUACUCCAGCUGAACGCCAGAUGGUAUUUAAUGAGAUCCUGCAAGCAGCUUAUCAAUUGAUGACUGAUGUGUUUGGAAACUAUGUAAUACAGAAGUUCUUUGAGUUUGGAAGCCUGGAUCAAAAGUUAGCCCUAGCAACACGCAUCCGUGGUCAUGUUCUGCCUUUGGCCCUCCAGAUGUAUGGCUGUCGUGUUAUCCAGAAGGCGCUCGAGUCAAUCUCACCUGACCAGCAGGUAAUUAAUGAAAUGGUGAAAGAGCUGGAUGGCCAUGUUCUGAAAUGCGUGAAGGAUCAAAAUGGAAACCACGUUGUACAAAAAUGCAUUGAGUGCGUUCAGCCCCAGUCACUCCAGUUCAUCAUUGAUGCUUUCAAAGGACAGGUAUUUGUACUUUCAACUCAUCCAUAUGGUUGUAGAGUAAUUCAGCGUAUUCUGGAGCACUGCACUGCUGAGCAGACUUUGCCAAUCUUAGAAGAACUGCAUCAACACACAGAACAGCUAGUGCAGGAUCAAUAUGGAAAUUACGUUAUUCAACAUGUACUGGAGCAUGGUCGUCCUGAAGACAAAAGCAAAAUUGUUUCAGAAAUAAGAGGAAAAGUUCUAGCUCUGAGUCAGCACAAAUUUGCCAGCAACGUGGUAGAAAAAUGCGUGACGCACGCGUCGCGUGCGGAGCGAGCCCUGCUGAUCGACGAGGUGUGCUGCCAGAACGACGGCCCGCACAGUGCCUUAUACACCAUGAUGAAGGACCAGUACGCCAACUACGUCGUGCAGAAGAUGAUCGACAUGGCCGAGCCCGCCCAGAGGAAGAUCAUAAUGCACAAGAUUCGACCCCACAUCACAACUCUGCGUAAAUACACCUAUGGCAAACACAUUCUGGCCAAGCUGGAAAAGUAUUACCUGAAGAACAGUGCUGAUCUGGGGCCAAUUGGUGGACCACCAAAUGGGAUGCUGUAAAAGACAAAGAGAAAUGGAAGAGAAAUUAAAUUGUGAAUUAUCAAAACCCACAACUUAACUCUAAGUGUUCUGAUUUUUUUAAAUCUAUUUAUUAACUUUGUUCAUCCAUUUGUAAAAUUUUUAUUCUUGUGUAUAUUUGUGGGGAGUGAAUUGUUAAAAAAAAAAAGGAAAAAAUAUCUCCAGCCCUGAUCCGGAGGCCUAUCAGAUUGGAUGGCUGGCAAAGCACAGAAUGCCUGUAUAUGAUGUAAUUGUAUCAAAAUAGCUGUCACAUAUUUUGUAAAUUUUUACCUUGUAAAGUCACUGAAAUAGUUUUUAAAGGGAAAAAGUACAGUAUUCUUUUAAUACACUGGCUUGCAAUCUGGUAGGUCUACCCAGCAUCAUAGCACAACAGGUUUAUAGAGUUGUAUAUAGAAGUAAUCCUUAUUUUUCCCUUUUGUGUGAAGUCUUUUAUACCAGAUUAAAAUUGAUCAGCUGCAUAAACAUUAUUUAACAUGUUGAAAAGUUAAGUUGUAUUUUGGUGGUUCACAACAUCCUAUCCCAAUAACAAACAGGGCACAGCAAAAUAAAGUAGGGAAGAACAAAACGAUGGAAACUUUAAAAAACUAGUUUUUGGCACUUGCUGUGGAUACAAUUUUUUUUUUAAUCAUACCCUAAGAUUUUCUCUAGCGAUGUAUUAAAAAUAGUGCUGUAUAUACUUAUAUAUUUAAUUGUUGUACAAGGUAGAGGGAUUAAAAUGAUGGUGGUACUUCCAUUCAGCAAAGUACUCUGUUGGAAAAGGAGUGAACCCUGUAUUAACUUUACAGUCAGUUUUACAACGCAGGAAGAGUAGAGAUACGUAUUUUUUUAUUUUGCAUAUAGAGUUGUAAGGAUUUGAAAGUGUUGAGCAUUUAUUCUGCUUUCUCACUGUAGAUGCAAAAAAUAGGUAAUGAUAAAGAGAAGGGGCCACUGAAAAGUAAACUUGAUAGCUCAACAUUUAAGCAUGAUUGAUUAAAUAUUCAGAUAGCUUUUUGCUUCCUAUAAAUAUAUGCAUUGUAUACGUGUAGUUAAUAGGUGUAAGUUUACAGUUUGAAAACAAAUCUCUCGUUUCGAUGUUUAUUACAAAGCCUUGCUAAUUUAGUAGUGAUGCUUACCUUGGUUGUACAGAUGUACAUUUGUAAACCUUCAUGCUGUAAAUGUAAUUUGUUUUACUCCUUUUUGGGACAAAAAUUUGCAUUUUAGUGUAUAUUCAUAUCCCCCUUCCCUUCUUUCCCCCGGCAUAUAGUGUUGUAUAAUGUAAAUUUAUUUCAGCAAAUCAAGAGUGAUUUUUUUAAAAUUCUAUCUUUAUAUGGUUUCAAAAAUAUGAACUGGCUUUCUUUUUAUCUAUUGUGAGAAACAUUAUGUUUUGUUUGUAACAUAGCUGUUAAAUCUGUUCAUAUGGACACUUUGGGAAAUCAAUCUGUUCAAAUUUUAAAUCAGGAUAAAUAAGCAUAGUAAGAAGUGGACUGAAAUAUUUGGUUAUCACAGAAACCAAUGCUUCUUCCAUCUUAAUAAAUGUGGCAUGAAUUUUUUGUACAGAAGAGUACUGUAUUUUUGAAUAGCCUUCUCGCAGCGUAAAGCAAAUAUGUAUGAUACUGUCGAUUUUUUUUCUCUGGACAUAUGACAUUGUAACAGUAACAUAAAGAUGAUGUACAUAUACAAGCGGCCUUAUGUACAUUUCCCAAUGAUCUUUUUAAGGCAGAAUUGUGACCAUAUGUGUAUAAUUAAAAUCCUUUUUAAUCCUUUGCCUAUGGAAAUAUUUUGGAAAAAGCUUACUUUGUAUAUUCAGUUUCUGAAAGAUAAAGAAAGUGCUUUGUAUGUUGUUGAAGCAAGUAUUUUGUGUAAAAUGUUCAUUUGGAUGGCUUAACCUAAAGUUUUGAUCGACGUGGUAGUUUGGAAACAACGUCUUGAGCAUUGAUCAAAUAAAAGGCUGUUUUGGUAGGGGUGUGUUCAUGAGAAAGAAAAUAGUAGUGGUGUAAACUUGUAUGAGGAAUUCUGUCAUGUUACUGUUGAUACCAGGGUUAUAUAACUGUUACUGAAGCAGACAUCUGAGGCGCUGCGUUUCUGAUGGUAGUGAUAACUCCUUAACAGGCAAAUGGGAAAGUUUCUUCUGGCCUACUUCCAGUGCCUGCAUGAAGUGAAGUAGUAGGCCUUGUUAUUUUGAGUAAGCACAAUUCUACUUGCCAAGUAGUUUUUGCAUGGCAGUUCACAAAAUUCCACCCCAGAGAUACCAGCCCUGUCAUUGGAGCCAGAGCUUUCCCAUAGUCACCCAAAGGAUGACUUCUGAGCCACUUCCUUGGACACAUGAAUUCUCCUGAGUGACUAUCUUUGCCCUGUGUACCUGUGCCGUGUGUUAUAAUCCACAGAGCCGACAUUCCUUCAACACAUAAGACAGUACGCCAGGCUUUCAGGGAUGUCCAGGCAGAAACUGAUAACGUCCCUGUACUUAGUCCCUGCAGCACUCAUGCCAUGGUUGAAUUUAAACAGUCCUGUAACUAUCAUCCUUGGUGCUUUCAAUAUCUUGAGUAUAAUCUUCCACUUGCUCUCCUGAGAUCAUUUGUGCACAAAUUCUAUCCAGGAACAUGAAAAUCACUGGAUUUCCUUUCAACUAUUUUAGGGUUUGGGUAGAACCACUAGACUUUUUGCUCAAGUAUUGCUUUUUGAUAUAGAUUGUUUACGGACCAGUUUGAUUAGGUUUGACUCCAGGUGGCUCGUAUUGAAUAAUGUAAUGUUCACGUGUAUAUACUGUAAAAAUCAAAAUGAAAAUGUGUGAAUAACACUGUGUGAAAUAUA